UACUUCAGGAGAGGAAAUACGCAUGCGCAUUGAAUGUGCUUCCUACUUGAUGUUUGACUUCCGGUUAAAUGUCCUUUGAAUGAAUUUUAUUUAAUCAGCUGAUAAUAAUAAUACGUUUAUAAUUCUUUUAAUGUAUUUCUCAACCAACACAUACACACAUAUAUAAACAACACUAUCCUUUAUGAAACAUUUGCAACAUCAGAUGACAGAAGAAGAAUCCUCAAUAUCUACCACCUUUUAAAGACUACAAGAAAAUAUUAUAGAAUUGAUUUCCCCUGAACACAUAAGAUAAUAUGACUGUAAUAUCUGUAUGAAUGCUUCUUUCAAGAAAGUAACCUAAUUAUGCUCAAACAUAUUCAUACAGGAGGGACUAUCUGUGGUGAAUCAUUGUCUCAAACUACUGUCAUUGCUAAGAACAACUGUACUCAUACGGGAGAGAGAUCAUAUCAAUGUGAUAUCUGUGGUAUAUCGUUCGCUCAAAGUAGUCACGUUGCUGUGCACAAACGUACUCAUACAGGAGAGAGAUCAUAUUGUGAUAUCUGUGGUAAAUCAUUCUCUCAAAGUGGUACCUUAUCUAUGCACAAACGUAUUCAUACAGGAGAGAAACCGUACCACUGUGAUAUCUGUGGUAAAUCAUUCUCUACUAGUAGUUACAUUACUGUUCACAAACGUCUUCAUACAGGAGAGAGAUCAUACCAUUGUGAUAUCUGUGGUAAAUCAUUCUCUCAAAGUACUAACUUAUCUGGUCACAAACGUACUCAUACAGGAGAGAAACCAUAUCAUUGUGAUAUCUGUGGUAAAUCAUUCACUAGAAGUGAUCAGUUCUUCAAACACCUCCUUGAUCUUGGCUACCAGCUCAGCACUGAUGUUGAAACAGAGCAGUCGGUGUCUUUCUCAACUGUGCCUUACAAAUGA